AUGGUGUGCCCGUUGGCAAGUUUGGACUUGGGUUUAUUUACGAAAGUGACAGGAUGUGCCGCCAAGUGCAACACGGUCCCAACGUGUAGAAGUUUCUUUUAUAACAAGCAGAAGCAAUUUUGCAAAGGAUCAGAGGUAUUUCUUUCCUCAACGGAUGGAUGCGAAGUUAUGCAUGGUACAGCUUAUUACCAAACAAGAGAUGUCUCUACUUCGACUUCUACGACCACGUCAACUACUACAGCUUCUACGACAACCACAGCGUCUACAACCACAACAACCCCUACAAUCACAACAAAGCCCACAGCCACAACAACGUCUACAUCCACUACCACGCCCACAACCACAAUAACGUAUACAACCACAACAACUCCCACAAUGCCUACGACAACUACCACGCCUACAACCACAACAACGUCAACAACCACAACAACACAAACAACCACAACAACCCCCACAACCACAAUAUCGCCAACAACCACAACAAAGUCUACAACCACAACAACGUCUGCGACAACUUCCACGACCUCAACGUCAAUGACAACUACAGUCCCACAGAGUCAGUAUGGCAGCGCGUGUACAACGAGUGCGAAUUGUUCAAUGUCUGCCGGCAUGUGUCUUUCAGGCAACUGUUCGUGUCAAGCCGGCUACAGACACGACCCUUCAUCCGACUCAUGUGUUACAGGCCGGGGCUGCUGUGACUCAGAGUUUAAGGUUGCUGACUUCAAAUCACUUGCCUCUCACUGA